CAGAUAAUGUGCUUUGAUAACAACGGUUCGAAACGCGCACAUGAAUAUGUGUUAAAUUAUGAUACUUAGUGUGCCAUAAUUAUUUUUGACCUUGUAUUAAAAUGGAUGUAACAGUGAUUCUUGUGCUCAUUAUUGUCUUUUGUGUCACUUUCUUUUUUAUGAAGCAACGGAAGCACUUACCACCUGGCCAUUUUCGAUUUCCAAUUUUUGGCUCAGUAUUUCUUCUCCGUAAAUUAGCAAAACAAAGAAAACACCUGGUAUUUGCUGAAGAGGCAAAAAGGUAUGGGGGUAUUUUCCGCUGGUAUUUAGGCAAGCAGAUGUUUGUGGUUCUCAGUGGAACUGAUGUGAUAAACGAAGCUUUGGUAAAGAAGGCGGAAGUGUUUAGUGACAGACCUCCACGCGCAGGGAGUGCAUUUGCUUCGAAAGGCAUCGCGUGGAGUAACUAUGGCAACUAUUGGAGAGAAUUGCGACGUUUCACUUAUCGUACCCUUCGGGAUUUCGGUGUAGGGAAAACUUCAACAGAAGAAAAGAUCAAUGCAGAGAUUGCGGUUGUGUCUGAAUUUCUGAAAACCUCGAAAGGACAACCUGUAUCAGUUUCUGCGUUGAUGCAGAAAUUGGUUGCAAACGUUAUUUAUGGAAUCAUAUUUGGGCGGAGGUACGAUUAUAGUGAUCCAGAAUUUGACCGUGUCACAAAGCUGUCCAAUGUGCUGAACAGUGCUUCUCCGAUUAGCGCCACGUUCUUCCUGCCGAAAUUCCUGGCCAAAUAUGUCAAUACAAGGGAUGCCGAGACUGAGGAAAGGAGGAAAAAGGCGUUAGAUGAUAUGGCGUGUUAUGUGUCUGCACAAAUUGAAGAGCACAAAGCUACCUUUGAUUCUAACAAUAUCCGCGAUUUCCUCGAUAUUUAUCUAGACACUGACAGAGACAGUGAGGAUGGCAAACAGUCGAUUAUCAACAAGGAAAGUAUGUUUUGGGUGAUUGUUGACAUUUUUGUUGCCGGCACUGAGACCACGAAGACAACUUUGGACUGGGCGUUUCUGUACCUGUCAGAAUUUCCCGACGUUCAGAAAAAGUGCCAAGAAGAAAUUGAAAAGGUCAUUGGAGGCAAGCCUAUUGAAUAUCGUGAUCGGAACAGUCUGGUAUAUGUUAAUGCAACAAUCAUGGAAGUUCACAGGCAUUGCUGUAUGGCCCCCUUAAACCUUCCACACUGCACGAGUCAAGACACAACACUGGGUGGCUACCAUAUUCCUGAAGGAACAAUUAUCUUUCCUAUGCAAUAUUCAGUCAGUAGGGACCCUAAGCUCUUCAAAGACCCCGAGAAGUUCGAUCCUACUCGAUUCAUUGACAGUAAGGGACAGCUGAUUAACAAUCUUCCGAUAGUGCCGUUUUCCACAGGACCUCGUGUAUGUUUAGGGGAGGCACUGGCAAGAACUGAGAUUUUCCUUGUGAUCACAAAUCUCCUGCAAAUGUUCAACUUCUCUCCAGAAAAUCCAGACAAACCGCAAGAUUUCGCAUGCGACGUUACGCAAAGUCUUAAUGUUGCUGUCCCGUUUAAACUCCGUGUUAGUAAAAGAUGGUAAACGUGAACAAGAUAUAUUUAUAUCACACUGAUACAGACAUUAUUAAAGUAUUUGUUUUAAUAAUAAAACCUGAUUAGUUUAGAGAAUAUAUUAAGAAACGCAUUCUUGUGUUGAUGUAACACAUUCUUGAGCGAGUUCGAUCAAGUACUAUAGUUACAACCAUACAAUUGUCAUACAAUUGUCACAGUCUAGUCUGGGCGAGUAGUGACAAGACAAGAUUGCGGCGAAAGGAACUUUGUAAGACGGUGAAAAGUACUUUUGCAUAUUAUAUAAAGGAUUUUAAGAACAAAGUAAAACUUUAUUUAUGAUAUUACAUAUUGACGUAAAACCCCUUUGCUUUUUGAAGUGUUUUUGCAUCUACGUCUGGAACAAUACUGCCGCCUUAUCAAUUUAACCAUGGCAAACAGUGGGUUUCGUUUCAUUUACCUGUGUUAUUGACAUUCCUUACAGAACAAGAGUUUUACUAACGCACUUUAUCGAACUUUCUCUAAAUUAAUUGGAAUGAAAACUCGGAAAAUAGUGCGACAUCCAUAAUACUGUUGACACUGCUGUAAACGUCACAUCUACCGAUAUAGUUUUUCUUGAAAGACUGUUCUUAAUUAUCAAAAGUCAAUCAGUUUAUUCUGUUGUAAUGAUUAAGAUUUCAUUUUCCGUAUGCAAUGUGAUAUUUGAUAAGUGACGCCAUACAUGUAGUCUUUAUCCAAAAGUACCCGUACUGCUGGUGGUGAAGACCGAAAUACAAAUUCUUGAAUAGAUCUAUAGUUUAAGUAAUUAAAGUAUCAUCAUCAGUUUUAUCUUUAUAAUGUUUACCAUAAUCAUACAGAUAUUACGAGUCAGACAGUAAGUCUAUAAGAUCUUUUGGGAGCACAUAACAUAACCAAACAAAUUUCUUCAUAGAAAACCAGGGAAAAAGUAUAUUUAUACGGGUAUUAAGAAAAUUCGUGCGUUUUAAUAUAUUGCAUCCUUCUAUAAAAGAGAGAUAACUAGCAAAAUUAAACCACUACAGGUAAAAAAUAUGAGCAGAUUUUGAAAGUAUAAAAGAUUUGAGUAAAUUUUGCGUUGUCUAAGAAAUUGACACGGUAAAAUGCAAAAUUAUA